AUGAACGAACUAUGGAAACCUGGACGUGAGAUAAAGGAACGGCCAGGAUUUAAAAGAAUGAACUAUGCUGAAACUCCUUUUCCAAGAAAAAAAACUAGUAAUAAUAAAGGAGGUCCCAAAUUUGAUGAAGUUUGGGAUUAUUUUAUUAAAGGAAAAGAAGUAAAUGUAGAACAUUAUAAAGCUACAUGCCACUAUUGUAAAAAGAAAUGGACAAGAAGAAAGCCAGCAAUUUUAAAAGCGCACUUAGCAAAUGAGUGUUUACCAUCUAUACAAACUCCACUAAUGCAAACUAAAAUUACACAACAUUUCAAUUCAAAUGCUCCACUUUCUUCUAAAGUAAAUGAUCGUAUUGAUUGA